CUUUCUAACAAGUGAUGCGAUAUUUAUUGGAACACUUGUGACUUGAAAGAAUAUUCAACAAAACUUCUUGGGGCUAAUUUAGAAAAAGGAGGGAAAAGGGGGAAAUUGCGGGAGUUCUUUCACAACGUUUCCGAUAGAUUUUGGCAAUUGUCGAUGGCUAAAGACGGCGGAAACGCGGCGGACCCACCGGCCUCCGACCCAAACCCGUGCCCGAUUUGUCUUGCACCAGUUACCGAAGAGUCCUACUUGGAUCAAUGUUUCCACAAAUUUUGCUACAGCUGCAUUCUGCGUUGGAUAAAAGUGGUUUCGAGUAAGCACUCUCGUGCACCUGCUUCAGUAAAGUGUCCUCUAUGUAAGACAGAGAAUUUUUCUAUUAUACGGAGCUAUAGUGGAGGGUUUUUUCAACAACAUUCUGUAAAUGAAAACUUGGACAAUAGUGCGUUCUUCACAAAAUCUCACAAGUAUAGAUUGCAGUGCUACUAUACCGAUGAAGGGGGCUUAUUUGACAAAUUCAAUGUGCUACGUUAUUGGAAGUUGCAGAAGUACCUUCAGCCCAAUCCUUGGCUUAUAAGUUGGUUGAGAAGAGAAAUCCAGUCUUUGACUCAGGAAGAAGAUGUAGAUAUUAUUGUACAUCAUAUACUUGGUGUGAUUGAUUCAUUUAGAAGAAAUGAGCAAAAGCAAAUAAAAGUUACUCCUCAAGCAAAGCAAGAAGAGUUCAAGAUCAUGGUAUCUGAAGCAGCAAGACCUUUCCUAACAGGUCGAACUGAUCGAUUUGUGAACGAGUUAGAACUAUUUCUGGCUUCUUCUUUGACUGUUGAUGCUUUUGAUAGAGUUUAUAUCCAGCAUUUGGGUUGGAAAAUUCCUGAAAUGAUGGGGGAGGGUGAGGUAGGAGAACCAGUUGAACAUGCCCCUUUGGUUCCCUAUGUGUACUUGUUUGAUGAAGUUUGUGAUGGAAAUGAAUAGAUUUUUUGUCCUUGAAUCUUAAGUUCACCUCACUUGACAUAUUUUAGCUGGUGCAGGCACAAUUUGUCAA